AAUCACAAGUGAGAAACGUAGAAAAACCCGAGUCUGAUGAAAAAGCAUAAUAAAUUUAGCAACUAUCGCCCGAGGUAGGUUGGCUGUGUGUCAGACAGCCCGUGUGUUCCAGGAAUUUCGAAAUGACGACAUGAUUGAAAAUAAUUUAUUUUUAAUAAUCGUACAGAAUGUUUUAUUUGGGAAGAACCUUUUUCUUUAUGUGAAAAAUAUUUGGCAGUUAAAUUUGUCUGGUCUUCUACGGACAAUAUUCCCGGGUUUGGAUGGGAUCAGUUGACGACAACGAUGGCGCAGGCAGUGUGAUUACUGUAGUCUGUAGUGAAGCGAGCAGAAGCAGAAUGAUUAUUUGAUUUUUAUUUUUUGGCGUUGAAUCUGCGCAGCUGUACUUGAUCUGCAGUCGGCGUUAUUACGUGAUGGUGUGCGCCUGUCCCUGGCGCGAUGGACUGCCCUGCAACGGAUCGCCGCGCGGACGCCGUCUCCCUUGAAGAGGGGGAGAUGUUGCUGCGAGGCGCCAGCGGAGUGGAAUUGCAGGCCGAGGAUGUGAUGCUGCCCGGGCCCUUCCAGCGCCACGAAGCCCUGGCCUACCUCAUCGACUUCAUGGAGGGCCGCGGCACGCUGCACCUGCUCCGCUUCUGGCUGGAGGUCCAGCACUUCUCCCACGUCCAGGCGGCGCCGCCCAGUCCGCCUGUCCCGAGUCAGGCUGAUGCUUCUGUAGGAUGCUGUUGCUGUCGGCAGCCGCCCGCGGGCGACGCUGCGCUGUCCCGUCCGCGCUUUCUGGAUCUGGCGCAUCCCGGGCGUCGGCGCAGUCCCUCCGCGAUGGAGUUGCCGCGGGAGGAACUGACUGCCGAAAGUGAUGCCAGUUCCGCGACGGAGUCGCCGUUGCCUCCACGACUGGUCAGUAAUCCCGAAAUGGAGGAGUGUGCGCUGCGCAUCUUCAGCCAGUACCUGGGUCUGGACGCGGCCGACGCGGUGCAGCUGCCGGUGGAGGACGCCGACGGGAUGCGGCAGGAGGUGCUGGAGCGCAUGUGCCGCGAGGACGGCCAGCUGGAUCUGGACUGCUUCCGCGGCCCGCAGCAGGCCGCCUGGCAGCUCAUUCAGUCGCGAUAUUUCGAGCAGUUCCGGUCGAGCUACCAUUUCCUGCAGUACAAAUCGCAGCUGGUGCUGGGCCAGCAUUUCUACCUCUUCGACAUCCUCAACAGUCCCGCCGCGCUGCCGUAUUUUCUGGAGUACACGGAAUGCUGCGGCCAGGCGUACCUGGACGCGCUGUGCUUCCUGCUCAGCGGUCUGCAGUUUCUCCGCCAUUCCGCGCGCGACGGCGCUGGUGACGCUGAUGUCGCCGGUGUGGCGCAAGUGCGCAGUGAUGCCUGUGCCAUCUUUGACAAAUAUCUGUCCGUCCAUAAAUGCUCAGCGGUGUUAGCCGACAUCGGCAUCGCCGAUGUCGUGGAGAAGAGUUUAUCAGGUGACGAUUGUGUGUGCGCGGCGUUCCGGCAAGCCGUGCUGGUCGUCUAUGGAUAUUUCGCCCAGAACCAUCUCAGCGCCUUCUUCCGCAGCCAGUCCUUUAUGCGCUUCUUGAUUGACCUGGAAGUGGCGCUGAAAGUGGCCUUGUUCGAGGCCGGCUUCGCUCCGUCCACGGCCAGCGGACCACCGGAAGUCAACGGAAAGGAAAGAGGACGGAAGCUGAAUUCCGCUGCGAAGAGUCGGCCCGUGUCGCGCAUGGAGAGCAGUGACGAGCCGGUGCUGACGCGCGGCAGUCGCAGCAGUAUCGCCGACAGCAGCGACUGCGGCAGUUCCAUCGAUCUGUCGCUCGGUGUCGCCGAUGUCUUCCCGUCCACCUCCAGGAACCUUAAGAAGAUGACCCUUGGGGAAGUUGACUCACUGGGUCAUUUUGUCUCGUUCGGCGAGAAGGAGCCGGCGGCGCCGGUGACGGGCAGUCUGCACUUUCUGCACCGGACCAUCCGCCGGCUGAAGAAGGAGGAACAGCGCCGGCAGCGCGACGAAGACGCCGCCAGUGAGGCGCAGCGCAUCAUCGACGACACGCUGCAGUCGGUGCAGUGCGGUCGGCCCUUCGAUUAGCCGGUCUGCGACCUCAUAUCGACGGCGCGGAUUUCCGGCAGCUGCGACACUGGACGACCAACAAUAAUUUGCAAGCGUGACAAUAAUGAAUGUGAUGCUGUUCUAUGCUUUCUGCCUUUCCACGAGAGAUUAAAUGAAUUUACUAUUAUUCCGCUGGCGAAUAUUCCAAAAUAAUCAUACUAAUGUUUUGUACAAUUCCUGGUUAAAUUGUUUUAUAAAAUUCGUGUUUAUAAAAUAUUUAUAAAUUUUGCUGAUGUGUGUGUUGAGCAGAACUGCUGUCAAAAUUCAACAAAUCAAUAAAUUGUGCAACU